AGUUGACCGGAUAGGUCCUUAUCCAGCAGGUGGACGGGGCUCUUAAAGGCGGGGCGGCCGCGCACGUUCGGACCACUCCAACCUUCUCUUCACCAACUUUGAUGGGGACUUUCACAUUAAGCCGGGAAAAUGCCUGUGAUGAAAGGAUUAUUAGCGCCGCAGAACACCUUUCUGGACACUAUAGCCACAAGAUUUGACGGAACUCACAGCAAUUUCAUUCUGGCCAACGCUCAGGUGUCAAAGGGCUUUCCCAUUGUCUACUGCUCCGAUGGCUUCUGUGAGCUCACGGGCUUCUCCCGGGCCGAGGUCAUGCAGAAGAGCUGUGCCUGUAAAUUCCUCUACGGGCCCGAGACGAGUGAAAGUAUCAUCCUCAGAAUUGACAAUGCCCUUGAAGAGCGCAAAGAGUUUAAGGAUGAGAUUAUGUUCUGCAAAAAGACAGUGGUGCUCUUCUGGUGCCUGCUGGACAUUGUGCCAAUUAAGAAUGAGAAGGGGGACGUGGUGCUUUUUCUGGCUUCAUUUAAGGAUAUCACUGACACGAAAUCCAAAGCCAUCCAAGAGGACAAGAAGGAAGAGCGACGACGCGGCCGGGUGAAAACGGGCUCACCCUUCAGCUCAGCUCGUCUGCGAAGCAGCACCGUCCUCUACCACAUCUCUGAUCACCUCCACAGCAGAAAGAAGCGCAAGCUUAAGCUCAACAAGAAUGUCUUUGGAGAUCCACCUGCUCUGCCAGAAUACAAGGUAGCAGAUGCCAAGAAGUCCAAAUUCAUCUUACUUCACUUCAGCACAUUCAAAGCCGGGUGGGACUGGUUAAUUCUGCUCGCCACCUUCUACGUUGCCGUCACAGUCCCCUACAACGUCUGUUUCAUCGGCGAUGACGACGAUCUGACCCGCAGCACGACUGUCAGUGACAUCGCAGUGGAAAUACUCUUCAUCAUAGACAUUGUAUUCAAUUUUCGCACCACUUACGUCAGCAAGUCGGGUCAGGUGAUCUUUGACGCUCAGCAGAUCUGCAUCCACUACCUGACCACAUGGUUCAUCAUUGACCUGGUGGCAGCCCUGCCCUUUGACCUGCUUUAUGCCUUCAAAGUCAGUGUGGUGUCUGUGGUGCACCUGCUAAAAACUGUGCGUCUACUUCGUUUGCUUCGGCUGCUCCAGAAGAUGGACCGCUACUCGCAGCACAGUACCGUUGUCCUGACCCUGCUGAUGUCCAUGUUCGCCCUGCUGGCCCACUGGAUGGCCUGCAUCUGGUAUAUCAUCGGCAAAAUGGAGAUGGAAGCCAACACCUACAACUGGGACAUUGGAUGGUUGCAUGAGCUGGGAAAGCGUUUGGAGUCUCCGUACUUUGCCAUUGGAGGUGUGAACAGUACCAGCAAUGGCCCCUCCAUCCGGAGCGUCUACAUCGCCUCACUGUACUUCACCCUCAGCAGCCUGACCAGCGUGGGCUUUGGCAACGUGUCGGCCAACACCGAUGCCGAGAAGAUCUUUUCCAUUUGUGUCAUGCUGAUAGGAGCACUGAUGCAUGCAUUGGUCUUUGGUAAUGUGACAGCUAUUAUCCAGAGGAUGUAUUCACGCUGGUCCCAGUACCAUACCCGAACCAAAGACCUCAAGGACUUCAUACGUGUCCAUCAUCUACCGCAGAGCCUCAAACAGCGAAUGCUGGAGUAUUUCCAGACCACAUGGUCGGUCAACAAUGGAAUCGAUUGCAAUGAGCUGCUGAAGGACUUCCCGGAUGAGCUGCGCUCUGACAUCACAAUGCACCUUAACAAGGAGAUCCUGGAGCUGUCGCUGUUUGCCUCCGCCAGUCGCGGCUGCCUCCGCUCCCUGUCGCUGCACAUUAAAACCUCCUUCUGUGCUCCCGGAGAGUAUCUUCUCCGACAGGGCGACGCGCUCCAGGCCAUUUUCUUCGUCUGCUCGGGUUCCAUGGAGGUGCUGAAGGACGGCAUGGUGCUGGCCAUCCUGGGUAAAGGCGAUCUGAUUGGGGCAAACCUCUCCUUAGAUGACCGCGUGAUUAAGACCAACGCAGACGUGAAAGCUCUGACGUACUGCGACCUGCAGUGUAUCAACCUAAAGGGUCUGUACGAAGUUUUGGAUCUUUACCCCGAGUACUCCAAACACUUUGUCCAGGACAUCCAGCAGGAUCUCACGUACAAUCUGAGAGAAGGACACGAAACACAUGUUAAGGCCAGAUUGUCCACAACAACAACAUCAGACACUCAGUCUGCGGUGAAAAGGAAUGGUCGAGUGAUUCAGGGGUAUUCGCCCAUCGUUGAAACACAGCUGGGCCACGAGGAAGGCAAGGAAGAGGAAGAUGGACCGUUUUGUGUAUCUCUGUUAUCAGAGAGGAAUCAAGCAACAAACCUCAGGGACAUCAGUGGGAAGUCUCCAGUUAGUCAACCCCGCCAGAAGACCGAGGGGCCGAGCUCUAGGAGGUCUCAAAGGAAGAUCCAGGAAAUUACCCUUACUACUUUAGACCCGUCCAACCUCAGUCCCAGGAUAGUGGACGGCACAGAGGACAGUGAUGGGACAGAGAGUUCCCCGGCUUUCUCUUUCUCUACCAACCCCGGCUGUCCUAUCAGUCAGCCUAACAGUGCCUCAGGAUCUGCCACAGAUAUGCUGGAGAUCAGCACUGCGGAAUUAGCAGCUAAAGCGGAGGAAACCAGAGGACAACUCCAACACCUUGACCAGCAGGUGAGCACCCUGGGGAAAGAAGUGGCGGACCUUGGACAUGUAAUGAAAAGAAUGGCCCAACUCAUGGAGACACUCAUGUUAUCACUGCCACAGCCUUCAAUAAUCUGUCCCACGCACUGCUCUCCAGCACACCACCCACUACUAUCCCAUCCUGCAGCUUCUGCAUCAUAUCCGCCCCCCUCCUCAUCUCAGCUUACCUCCACCUGGACAGACAUGCCAACAUCAUUGCCCUCCCCUGGUAAUACCACACAACUCCCCUUUUCACUCUCUCAGCAACAUGGUGGAAUUUGCCAUAUGGACUCAAUCUCUCACAAACAUAUACCCCAGGACCUUCAGGUGGGAUACACUACUGCCCCAAACUCAACACCACCCCAAAGCCCCAACUCUUCAGCUCUUCAGCUACAACCAACAAUACCUUCUGUCAUCUCCUCAACAUCAUGAAGCCUGGUCUGCCUUCUCUUCCACCUCUGUGGGAAGGAAGAGGUGACGGUAUCCUCAAACAUCAUCAGGGCUCUGGAAGUUCUCGAACUUGAAUUGUGAGGAAUCAACAACAACCAAGCAAAGAGUCCUUCCUGGACUGGGCUGGAUCUCUUACAGGAUACUUAUUUGGGAUGUGCCUGAACUAAAAAAAUAAAAUAAAAUAAAAAAUAAACUGACAAAAUGGGGUUAUCCAUUUAACUUGAGGACAUUUGCAGGGACACACCUCAGAUUUGACUUUUCCACUCAUUAUAAAGGCACAUAUUUAAAUAUCCAGUUGCAUGACAACAGCUACAGAUGGAGUAGGUGUGGUAGCUUUACCUUUUUAAUUAAAGAUGUUGUGUUGAGGCAUAGGAAUCAGUGGGCUAAUCCUACACUACUUACAGUCCACUGAGCAACCCCCCCCCCCACCCCCCCCGUCAGAGGACAACACAAGAAUUUUACUGUAAAGGAGGACAUAAGGGUUGUACAAGAGUGGAGGGAUGGGGGAUCGGGGAAGUUUGUCUGUCCAUGUUUUUGCUCCUGGUUAUAGGGAUUAGAGCCUGACUGAUAUAUUGGUUGCCCAAUAAUAUCAGCGGAUAU